CUUCUCCAACCCUGCCCAGGAGGCAAGAACCAUGGAGAUGAAGAACUCCAGCAGCAGCACUUCAGAAUUUAUUCUCCUGGGCAUCUCUUCCAACCUACAACUGCAGAAACCCCUCUUUGUCAUCUUCCUUGCCAUGUACCUGGUCACUGUAGCAGGAAAUGUGCUCAUUGUCCUGGUCAUUUACUCUGACUCCCGGCUCCAUACACCUAUGUACUUUUUUCUCAGCAGCCUAUCCUUUAUGGAUAUCUGCUUAACAACAGUCAUUGUGCCCAAGAUGCUGGUGAAUUUACUGUCAGAGACAAAGUCUAUCUCCUAUGUGGGCUGCCUGGUCCAGAUGUACUUUUUCAUGGCAUUUGUAAAUACUGACAGCUACCUGCUGGCCUCUAUGGCCAUAGACCGGCUGGUAGCCAUCUGCAACCCCUUCCGUUGUGAUGUGGUUAUGAACCCGAGACGCUGCCUCCUCAUGCUGCUGGGUUCUUGUGCCAUCUCCCACCUGCACUCCCUGUUCCGUGUGCUGCUCAUGUCCCGCCUGUCUUUCUGCGCCUCCCAUGUCAUUAAGCUUUUUUGUGAUACCCAGCCUGUGCUAAAGCUAUCCUGCUCUGACACUUCCUCCAAUCAGGUUGUCAUCAUGACUGAGACCCUAGCAGUCAUCAUGACCCCAUUCCUGUGCAUUCUCUUCUCCUACCUGCGAAUCAUCAUCGCUGUACUCAAAAUCAACUCAGCAGCAGGGAAAUGGAAGGCCUUCUCUACCUGUGGCUCCCACCUCACUGUGGUAAUCUUGUUCUAUGGGAGUGCCAUCUAUGUCUAUUUCAGGCCUCUCUCCAUGUACUCAGUGGCGAAGGACCGGGUGUCCACAGUUAUGUACACAGUAGUGACACCCAUGCUGAACCCAUUUAUCUACAGCCUUAGAAACAAAGAUAUGAAGAGGGGUUUGAGGAAGUUAAGGGACAGAAUUCACUCAUAGAAAGAACAAGAUUAUGUAAUAUCAUAAUUGGGAGAUGACCUAAGAGAUGAUAUGUUAUCCUCCUUCCUGCUGUUUCUCACAUGGCACCCACAGAAGUCAUGACAGGUGGUGCUGAAUAGCAGUAAGAACAGUAACCAGGAAGCUAUAACACUUGGUGUCUAUCAGUGAAUGUAGCCAAAUAUAUGUUUAAUCCUAGACUAAGUAUUGCUAGAAAUCUAGAUUUUAGGAAAACAAUUUCUUCCACCCAAGAAAUGGUGGAAUAAGGCUAU